ACAUCUUAAACCCUACAUUACAUUACCACUCUACUCUUCCCACCCAGCCAGCCAGCCUUCCCACAAAACCUAUUUCGGCCAUCUCCAUACUCAGCACAUUCCUUAACCCAGACAACUAUGAGAGCUCCUAGAGGUGGCGGCGGUGGAUUCAGGGGCAGCCGUGGCGGAGGCGGUGGAUUCAGAGGGAGUAGCCGCGGGGGCGGGGGUCGAUUUGGCGGCGGUGGCGGAGGCUUCGGUGGUCGUGGUGGUUAUCGCGACGAAGGGCCUCCUGAAGAAGUCGUUGAGGUUGCCACUUUCCUUCAUGCUUGUGAGGGUGAUGCAGUAACAAAGCUCACACAUGAAAAGAUACCUUACUUUAAUGCUCCAAUCUAUCUUCAGAACAAGACCCAGAUAGGGAAAGUUGAUGAAAUCUUUGGCCCCAUCAAUGAGUCUUAUUUUUCUGUUAAAAUGAUGGAAGGCAUUGUUGCAACUUCAUAUGCAUCGGGUGACAAGUUCUACAUUGACCCAGCAAAGCUUUUGCCACUUGCAAGAUUUCUUCCACAGCCAAAGGGCCAGGGAUUUUCUGGAGGCCGUGGUGGAGGAGGACGUGGCAGAGGCAGAGGAGGCUUUGGUGAUCGUGGGCGUGGAGGCUUUCGUGGAAGGGGUGCUCCACGAGGAAGAGGUGGUCCGCCCAGAGGUCGUGGUGGCUUUAGGGGGGGCAGAGGGAGAUUUUAGAACAUUUUGUAAUUUCUCUAGUGCUCUUCUCCUUUUGUGUUGUCAGUUAAGGAUAUGCAUAGGGCUUUACUACAAUAGAGUGGUUUUUAUGUUUUUUUUCCUCAGUGGAGUGAUUAGUUCUCACUGCAUUGUAAUUUUAUCCUUACUGCAACCUGGACUUCAAUAGUUUUUUAUUCGCAUUUCA